AUGUCGUGUGACGGGGGGGUCUUGGCGCCGGAGCGCAACCCAUUUGGACAGGACUUUGCACUCGAAGGGCGCAUUUGGACAAGGGAUUUGUGCGAGAAGGACUCGGAUGGCGACGGAUUCACCAAUGGGGAGGAGCUCGGAGAUCCUUGCUGUGUGUGGCACGAGGGCGUCAGCGUUCCUCUGUGGAUGACGGCGGCGGAGUGGGACAUAUCGCAUCCGGGCUUUGCGUCUUCCAGACCAGACCAGCCCGUGGACAAAGAGGCUCUGUGCAAGGACGCGCCGGCGCUGGGCGCUGACACCUUUUUCAAUGACGGCGAGGAAGAAGUGACUACUGAUUUUGUGAUAGAUGAGCACGUCGUCGAUGCCAAAGAGACUGUCUACGACUACGUACGAUUCAACUUCCCGGAGGACGCAACCUACCACAUGGUGGGCAUGGAGCCCAUUGUAGACAAUGAGGAGAUGGUGCACCACUUCGUCAUGUAUGCGUGCAGCGCUACAACCAAUUCACCGGGCACACUUAUCCCCGACCGGGACGAGAUGGAUACGCAGUGUGAGGAGUCCAUUUAUCUCUGGGGUCCGGGAAGUGGGAACUUCAGUGCUCCGAAGAAUGCAGGCAUUGCUGUUGGAAAAGGCACAGGCCGCUUGGGAUUUGAGCUUGAGAUUCAUUACGACAACCCGCUGGAGAAGGAAGGCUAUACAGAUGCCAGCGGCGUCCGCAUGCACCUGACACCUGAUCUGCGUCCGGACGAGAUUGGCAUCCUUUGGGUUGGCUCAAUUACCAGUGUCGGGCGAAUUCCCCCAAAAGAGCGCAGCGUCUUCUCUACAACCGUGUGCCAGUUGAAAAUAGACGAAGCAGUGGCACCCGGGGGCAUCACUGUGUACGGCAACGCGCCGCAUAUGCACUUCCUGGGGCGCCGGUUGUGGACCGACAUCCUCAGAGUGAAGUCCGAAGAUCAGCAGACAGGCGGGAAGUUCGUGACGGACUUGAAGCAGCUGGAGAAGGUGAAGGAACUCUCCAGGGAAGAUGCAUUUGACUUCAAUGUGCAACGCACGAUGCCUACUGCUGCCCUCAAGCUGAGGAACGGAGACGUUCUGGCAACUACAUGUGUCUACGAUUCAACGGAGAGAGAUACCUACACAUCGGGGGGGCUAGGGAGCUACGAUGAAAUGUGCAUCAAUUACUUGAACUACUACCCCGCUGGAGCCACAGAUGUCCUGCUUUACUGUUCGGGCCCUCGGUACUUCGGGACUUCCCUGCCCGAGUCAGUGUAUUCUGUACAUGAGAUAGCCAACAUCUCGGGCGUCGGCACAGCGGUACCCAAAUGGCGGCAGGCUUACCUUUCCAAGGAACUCCCGUGCAUUCCCACGAACUACAGCACGGUCGACAUUUAUCGCCCUGAACGUUCUCCGCGCUUGUGGAAAGAAGCAAGAAAGGUCUGCGGUGAUAACAUGUUUCGUGGGGAUUGGUCGUGCUCAAGAGAGUGCGCGAAACUUAUGUACAACCACUUGGGAUGCGCCCUGCUGGAAGAUGCUGUGUCCGGAGACGGGAAGACUCUCAGCAUGCUUGGGUCCCCGAUGGAAAUCACGGUUGAAUCAAGCUGCAACGAGGAAUUCAUGAAGAUCUAUGAAGAAGAAGGGGUGCCGGUGGAGGUCGCAAGCGAGCCUCUUCUUGACCAGCCCUAG